AUUUUUGACUGUGGGUGUUAUUUUAUCAAACGCAAAAGUUGUGAAUAUUUCUUGUUCGUUGACCACAUUAUUAUUUUUAAACUACCUUUAAUUUUUAUGUGUCAUAAAAAAUUCGUCUGGCUUGUUUGUAGUUGCAGUAUUAUCUAAUUGAUUUCUUUGUCAUAAUUUUGUAUUUUAUGAUCAUAAAGUGAAAAGAAAUAUUCUUAAAUCUUCCUUCUUGGAACUUUUCGGGUUCAUCAAUCUCAAAUGAAAGUUAUUAUUUAGUGAGAGUGAUAUCAUUCUUCGAUUUUUAAAAAGCAACAUUUGACUGUCACUUAAAUGAUUUUAUAUCUGUAUUUUAGCUUAAUCUAAAAGACAACCAUGGCAGUUGAAGUGAGAAGGAAGGGCAGUACAGAGACUAUUCGGCAUCUUUGGGAUGCAAUUGUCUUCAUUCGUCAACAGAGACAAGUUCCAAACAUUGAGAGAAUAUCGAAUAAUUUAAAGAAAAAGCACAAUAUUAGUCCUGAUGAUCUAGAAGCGCAGUUGGCAUUUGCUGUCAGUGACAACCUCAUAGAAAUAAAGAAAAGUGUCGCUUGUAAAGGCUCUAGAGCUGGCUCUGAGCAGCAAGCAUAUCGCAUUCCAGAAAAGGAAAUGGAAAAAGAUGGCCAUGAUUGGUAUUGCUUUGGUUGUCACAAGGAAGGUGAAGUCUUGCACUGCUCUUCCUGUCAUAGAGUUUAUCAUAAAGAUUGCUUGAAAGAUGGUGAAAAAAUUACAGAGGAUGAUAAGCUUAUAUGUGAUAUUUGCAAGUUGCUGAUGUCCAAAGACACUCUCAAAAUCGAAAAUGAAGAUUUGAAUUUAUUAUUGGGCUAUGCUUGUCUUCGCUUGAAAGAAAAAAUUGGCAAUGAAUCUGAAAUACUAAAACUAAUGCCAAAUGAAGAAAAGUGGAGGCAUAAUUUUCUUAUCUAUGAGGAAAUGGACCUGACCAUUAUGGAAGAUAAGACGGACAAUAAUUUAUAUAAUCGCAUUGAAGAGUUUCAAGUGGACGCCCAGACAAUGGUUCAUAAUAUUGUCUUGUUCUGUGGAGUUCAUAGUACAACUGCUGAUUUGGCAAGAAAGUUACUGCGUGAUUGUUGCUAUGAUUUGGGAGAAAUUCGUCAAUGUCCAGAUUGUUACAGAACUUCCAAUGAGAAACGAGAAAAACAUUGGUUUUGCAAACCCUGCAACCCACCUCAUGAUCUUGUCUAUGCAAAACAAAAGAGUUUUCCUUAUUGGCCUGCUAAAGUAAUGCGUGUAAUUAACGGAAAAUAUGAUGUCAGGUUCUUUGGCGGAGCUCAUGAAAGAGCAAAUGUAGAAAAAGAACAUAUCAAGCCAAUCAAUACACCCAUGCAACAGCUGCAGUUGAAAAGAAGUGCAGCACUGAAUAAAGCUCUUGAAGAGUUGAAGCGCCAUCAACAGUGGAUGGGACUCAUACCAAAGAAAGAAACAGCAGCUCAUCAUAAAGCGAAAAAAAAAUCCCAUCCUCCACCCUCUGCCAACUCUUCUCGCUCCAAUUCCCGUUCUAGAUCCCGAAAGAGCUCCAUUUCCAGUGAAGAUUUGUCAGAGAAUGAGGCCGAUGACAAUUCAUCACAAGAUGAAUGUCCAUCAUCCUCAUCUCCGAAAGUUGCACGGUUUAAGGAUGCUCCAACUCCAGAAGAUCAUAAUGUUGUAUCUUCUUCCUGUCAAGAGUCCUCCCCCUGUGCUAAAGUAACAGUAUCAACACAAACUCAUAAAAAGUUACUAGCAUCUCUACUUCCACCUAAACCUCCAAAAGAACCAGAAAAAGAAAUGAUACCCUGUGACUGUGAACAAAAGUACAGUAAAAUGUUCAAAGAAUUUAAGGAGCGUCUGGAAGCAGAGCAAAAAGAGGAGAAAGAAAGAUCUCUCAGAGAAUUAGCAGAAAGGCUGAGGCAAGAUUUUGAAGAAGAGAAACAAAAAGUUCUUGCAGCAGCGGUUGAGAAAAUUCAGUUUGAACUGAGUGAAGCAAAGAGGCAAUCAGAUGAAAAAAUCAAAUCAGCCCACGAUGGAGAGAUCACAGAAAUCAUGGAACGUCACAAGCAGGAGGUCUCAGAAAUAAAAAAGAAACAAUGGUGCUACAACUGUGAGCUGGAAGCCAUCUACCAUUGUUGCUGGAAUACCUCUUAUUGCAGUGUCGAUUGUCAACAAGUCCAUUGGCACAAAGAACACAAACGUACCUGUAGGAGAAAGCGGUAAUGCCUUCCUUCCACGUUUUAUGUGCUCUUGUGCGGUUCAAGGGAAACAAUUCACUUUUUGCCAAAGUAUGUUUUCAUCAUACGACUCACAAACUGAUAACUACCUGUGUGAGUUGUGUUAUUUAAGUAGACAUUUGGGUGAUCUGUUAGACCUCACUUUCAUGUGAUCUGCUAGACCUCACUUUCAUGCAAUUUGAGUGGUUUGUUAGAGCUCACUUUCAUCUGCAGAACUCUCUAUAAAGGAGCUUCUCGUCUCUCUCCAUACUGCUAGUAUUGUUUUCAGUAUUAUGGACACUGUUGAAGAAAUGUUGGGAGAGCUCCACUUUGGCAUUAAAAUGGCAUUUGUAUUGUAGGAUAGUGAGAAGCAUAGCUCCUUUCAUGUUUUAUACUUUUUGUAGGUAUUUAUCAUCUGGACGGACAAAAACUUCUAAUCAAGUUACUGUAAACAAGUAACUGGUCUUUUUAAAGGUUGGAACAAGAAAUUUUAUGUAAAACAUUGCAACUUAACUGGCUUCAUUCAAUAUUUGUCAUCCUUUUUUUUUUUAAAAUACACUUAGAAUUUGUGAGUUCAUUUUUUUUAACCAUUAUUUAGGCUGAGAACUAACAGCUUUUGCUUUCCUCAAUGAAAUAGCUACCUGACAAAUACAAUUGAAGAUUUGUAAGGUACAAAUUGUUUGUGGUCACCUCCUUUUACACGGUGGACGCUAGAGGAUGGGGGCCUUGGACAGCGAGAGGACCACCAGUAGGGUCAGCCGAAGGGGAGAUAAGGAGUGAUAGAUUUAUGAGGAAUUAGAAUGCAGAACACAUUAUCUUAACAAUUUGUUCUUGUGGAAUAUAACAUUUCUUUCAAUUUGUUUUUAUGGGAUAUCUAUUUCAUUGAGGUUAGUUCUCGGCCUUAAAUUCCUUACUAGAAGUUAAAAUGAAUUUAAGUCAUACAUUGAACUGUUAUAGUAUGGUUAAUCUUUAACAACUCAAACAGUGAUUAUUGUUGUUUAAACAUGAAAAAUUCAUAAACUAUGUUGAAUAUUUAAGUUUUUAGAAACAUUUUAAUUUAAAAUAAUGACAAUCUUCAAUUUCAUAAUAAUGUCAUUUCAUUUUAUAGUAUGUAAUAUCGUUUUGUCAUUUGAAAUCAUAUUCAUUUAUCGUUAGUAAAAAUGUUACCUCAUUUCUAUUAAGGAAGUGUCAGCAAUUUAUGUGUCUUAUUGUACUACUGCGGAACUACAAUUAUUUGGUAUAAAUGAAUGGAAUUUUGAUCAAGAUAACUGGUAGUUGGAUAAUUCAAAUAUAAAUAAAUAAAUGUUUUGCCGUAAAAGGAGAGGCAUCAUUGACUCAUAAUAAAUUGUAGUAAAUACAAAAAUUUUAUUCCUUUGCUAAUAAUUGAUGGUAAAACAACUAUUCUGUGUAAUUGAAUUGCUGGAAGAAAAAAAUUAUUUGCAUUUCUAAAGAUUGGAAUAGAUAAAUAAUUCAUUUUUAAUCAGAUCAAGAUAUCAAAAUCAUUUUAACAUCUUUAUCAUAUUUUCCUGUGUAUAAAUCAACUUUGUAAUCCUGUAAAUUGUAAUGAAAUUUCAGGGUCGUCUUACUCACUGAAUUUUUUUCUUCCAAAAUCUGGUGAUAAACAUAAAAAAAGAGCAAAUAUAAGAUAAUUAUAAACAUAAUUAGAGUAACAAAAUUACUACACACUUAUGUUAGUUCUUAAUUGAAAGACUUCAAAUGCACUGAUUUCAUCAGAAGACAAGGGUGAUUGUAUUCUGUGAUUUUCCUAUCAUCCUACUGAACUAAAAACUAGGAGCAUGGCAUGUGAUUGCAGAUAUCACAGACUUCUGCGAAUGAAACUUAUAAUCCUAUGAAAUUUUUGAGUUCUGAUAUCUAAAAUUUAAAUUAUCAAACCUUCGCUAAAUCAUGUUAACGAGCUGUUUACAUACGCACGAGUCUUCCUAUAAUUGGCGAAAAUACGCCAAUUUGAUUUGGCAGAAUUUUGUCAUUUUUAAUAUUUGGAAGUGCGCCAGAAUCCGCUAACGUUGUGAUUCACUUGAUUUUAAUAUCUAAAAUAGAUUUUCAUGUUUAUUUCAUUUGAAAGUUACACAUUGCAAUUCCUAUUCACAUUAUUUUAAAAUCCAAUAUUGCGAUUUGUAGUCAAGAUCAACAUCGCGAUUCGUAUUCAUGCGUUUGUAAUAUUAAACAUUGAUUUUGAUAUUUAUAUGUGAUUUAAAGGCUAUGCAUUGCGAUUCAUAUUCUCGUGAUCUGAAAAUGAUGCAACACGAUUUCUAUAUUCUCGUUUUUAAAAUCCCACUUCAUAUUCAUGCGAUUUUAAAAUCAAACUUCGUGAUUCUUCUAGGAACUAAGUUUUGUUUCAAAUUAGUUUCUGUAAACGUGUUAUUUUCUUCGUUGGUAGGUAAUUUAGAUAUAAAUUUUAGUUCAAAAAAUUAUGCUAAAUAUGAAAAAAAUGUAUAGUAUGUAAAUUAAAGUUUCUGCACAUAACAUUUUCAGGUUCUCUUUGUGUUACAAUCACCCGAGAAGAGUUUUUAAAAAAAGAAAUCUAGUUCAGAGUGUUUCAUAUUAUUUAAUGUAUAAAUAAUCUAAAAAGAACUUUUAGUUUGCACCGAUUAUUUCCGAAUGUAAACUAAGAAUUUAUAGACAAUUUUUGGAAGCUAAAGUGAGGGGGAAGGGUUAGCUUAUAAUCAAUUCCACUGACUUUGAAAAAUUCUAAGAGGACAUACAUAAAUAAUAGUUGAAAACAUUAGGCUUAAAUAUACUAUUAUUUUUUUAUUAUUAUGGAAGACCCGUGCUUUUUCUAGUUCACUGUACAACCGUUACUAUUUCUAAUUGUAGCAUGGCUUUUUUUUUAAACGCUAGCUUAUAUAUAAGUUUUGCAUUUUGGGGAAACAAUUCCCCUUAUAAAAAGUGUACUCAUGGAUACAUGUAUGGUCUUUAUUCGAAAUAUACAGUAUUAAAAAUUAUAUAUUUUGUUCAGAAAUUUAUUUUUUAAAAUGUGUUAAUUCAGAGGUAGAUUUAUACACUGACAAAUGCAAUUUAUUCUAAAUUUCUGACAAUAAAAUUUUACAGCUGUUAACUUCAAAAAUUGUAGCAAAUAAUUUCUUUACUGUGAUGAUCCAGCUUUUAAGACAGCGAGUUAUUUGUUUAUUAUUUUGUUUUGAAAAAAACAAUGAAAAUAGUUCUGUUGGUAAUGUGAUAUACUUAAUGUGUUCAAAAAUAAAAUAUACCUUCCAUCUAAAGUAAUUAGAGAUUAUAAAAAUAUGUCUUUAAAAAAUAUAUUCUAUCUUUUGAACAUUUUGUUCUCCUAAUUAAUCCAAACCAGUGUCAGUUUUCUAAAACCAACUUUUUAAUAAUUAUUUUCAUAAACUGUUUCAUGUUACUGUAACACGCUGUUUUCUUUUAUAUUUCAGUAUUAUUUAACAACUGAACUGUAAUAUUUUAAUUUGUACUUAAUUGCUAAUUGAAUAAAUAUGUAUCAAUAAAAAAUUUUAAUUUUGGCUUACUUAAAGUUGUUAAGUUGAUGGCUUGGUUUAUGGUGCCGAAUUAACUUACUUGGUCGAAAGAAUAUUUAUCUUAAAUUUUGUUUUACAAUUUAAUUUAUAUUACCCUUUUUAAAAAAAAGAUUACUCAUUUCCAUUAUAUAUAUAAUACAAUUAUUCAUCUAAAUUUUUAUUUCUAUUAUAUUUAAAAUAAUAUUCUUUGUUUCUAAGUUUCCAAAACAGUGCAAUAUUAAAUAUAUAAUUUCAAGUUUAAUUUUUUUCACCCUUUUCAAAUACUCUUUUAUUCCGUUGUAUAUUUAAUCCAUCUGUAGCUUCACAAAUAUCAAAGAUCAUGCAAUGUUUGGUUGAAAGGCUUUUAAUACCUCUCCAUUGCGAUUGCUUUUAAGAAAUUAACUUCUUGUGCACUUUAUUUCAGUUUUAGAGCAUUAGAAUUUUAUCAUUCAUAUUUUGUUUCUGUUACCAUUUCUUUAAAAGUUUCUGUUAUCAUUGUGCUUUUCUUCCUGCCUUCUUCAGUUUCACAAAUGUUAAGGACACUGAGGUAUUAGAGAGAUAAUUUUAAAAUGUACAUUUUAUUGCACUUAUCUCUUAAUAUUCAUUCCACUGUGAGUUGUUGAGGCCCAUGCAAUAUUAAAGAGAUAAUUCUACUAUAAAUUUUUUGUCAAUUCAUUAUUAUUACUACUGCUUUUGAAAGGUAAAAUAGUUAUGCACUUAUUUCUUUCUUUUUUUUUUUUUCAUCUUCAGUUUCACAAGUGUUAACCACUUCCCUGAUUAUCCCGAGUUAACUCGGGGGUAUGCAUAUAUUGCAAAUAUUUAUUAUCCCGUUUAAACUCGGGCAUAGCAGAAUUCGUCAAUACGUUUUGUUUUAUCACAUUUUUAUUCGGCUGGAAGCAAAACAAAAAAUUAUAUUCUACUGUGUUUGGGAGUUCUGCUGUUUGUGGCACUGCGACGUGUUUCAUACAAUUGUAUAUACGUUGGUUCAUGAAUUUACAAA